AGGUGACGCCUGCGCAAGGCCGAAUGUCUGCCACCCAGUGGGAGUGUGCUGCCCUCUGCGAGUCUUGCUCCACUCAGCGAUACUACGCCAGUUGUGGUGAGGCAGUGAGUGAGUGAAGAUAUACAGUGUCGCUGCUCCAGUGGUAUUUCACCGUUCUUGAGUAAGGCGGCUGAUUGCCUGUGACAGGCACCAUGCCGGAGUUCAUCAGUGUUAACGACUACAUUAGUGAGGUGAAAGAUGACAUUUCGUCGCCCCCCACCAGUAAUUUCGUCUCCAAAAUGCCCCUUUGUAGGCAAACAGUCAACGAGCUGGAAGAGGGCUUGGACCGGGACCGCGAGGGACUGGCCAAAAUGAAGAAAGUUGUCAAGGCCAUGCACUCCACAGGCCAAGACUUCGUGGCGUCAGAAGUAGACAUGAGUGACGCUCUCCGCAAGUUGGGGGAUACAGGCGGGCGGCCCGAAGACAAGGCGCUGAGCGAGGCUUUUCACAAGUUUGCAGUCGUCAUCAGGGAACACUCACAGCUCCUGCAGCAGCUGAUCACCAAUCAGAAGAACAACCUGCUGCCUCCCCUCAGCAGCGUUCUCAAGGGGGACCUGAAGGGAGUCAAGGGGGACCUCAAACAGCCCUUCGAAAAGGCUGCAAAAGUUUAUGAUACAAGAUUCUCAAAAAUAGAGAAGGAUAUGAAGCAACAAGCAAAGGAGGCUGGAUUCUUCAAACAUGAAGUUGACGCUGCAGAAAUUGCCGAAGAAAUGAGUAAAGAAAGAAAAAUGUUCCAGCUUCAGAUGUGUGAUUACUUGAUCAAAGUGAAUGAAAUAAAAACCAAGAAGGGAGUUGAAUUUCUACAAAAACUGGUGGAGUACUAUCAUGCAUAUUGCAAGUACUUUGAGGAGGGCAUGAAAACCUGGGCUUACUUUGGGUCCUACGUCAGUGAGCUCAGUGAAAAGUUACGAGACAUGAGACACAGACAAGAGGAAGAGAAGCGACACUUGCUGGACACAAGGAAAAUGAUCAGCAACUCUUUAAAUGCUGAAGUCAAACCAGAAGCUGGAGUGGCACCACCAGUGUAUCACUUACACAGAGCUCAGGGCAACAAGAUUCACGGCACCACAAAAAGCGGCUAUUUAUCCAAGAAAUCUGAAGGAAAAAUGCGAAAGGUUUGGCAGAGGAGGAGGUGUGAUAUACGCGACAGUGUUCUGUUCAUCCGGCAUUCAGACGAAACCAAACCUCCCGUCACGGUGCCACUGCUCACCUGCCAAGUGAAGCGUGUUGGGGACGACGGCAGAUACUUUGACUUGGUGUCAUAUAACAGAACCUAUCACCUAAUGGCUGAAGACGAGGUAGAGGCAGAUGCUUGGGUGUCCGUUCUUCUCAAUAGUAAAGAAGGUGCUCUCCAGAAAGCGCUCUGCGAUGACGCUCCUGGCCCCUCUCCGCCUGACUCGGGAUUCAGAGAACUACAACAGAGAAUCAUAUCUUACGUCCGAGGGUUACCUAGCAACACACUCUGCUGCGACUGUGGAGGAACCAAUGACGUGACAUGGCUUUCCACAAAUUACGGCGUCAUGGUGUGCAUAGAAUGCUCCGGGAUUCACCGAGAUCUUGGUGUCCACAUUUCCAGAAUACAAAGUCUCACCCUUGACAAGGUUGGGACGGCUCAGCUGCUGCUUGCCCGCCACAUGACCAACAAGUCCUUCAAUGAGGUGACAGAAGCAACGGCACCCAGAAAACCAGAGCCCACCAGUACAAUUGACUCACGAGAAGAUUGGCUAAGAAGGUGGGAUGAGAGGCGAGAAUUUAUUCAAUCCAAAUAUGUUCGUCGAGCAUUUGUGCAGCCGAGCAAUGCCAGUCCCGAGGAGCUGCAGGACCACCUGCGGGAAGUCAUCAUCAACAAUGACCUCUCUGGUCUGCUUAGAGUGUAUUUCCAGGGUGGGGAUUUAGGAUUGCCGUUGACAGCGCUGAAGGAAUGUGCUCUUCACGUGGCAAUUUUCCAAGAAAACGGCAGUUCCCUCCCACUUGUGGACUUCCUGGUUCAGAACAGCCGCUCCCUGGACCGGCAGACAUUGGAGGGCAACACGCCGCUACACUACUGCGUCAUCCACAACAAGCCAGAGUGCAUGCGGCUGCUGCUCAGGGUGGGGGCAAACCCAAGCAUAGAGAAUAAUAAUGGCAAGACUCCUCUGGACAUUGCCAAUGAACGGAAUUGCAGGUUGCUGGAAGACAUGCUGAACCAAGCCCAGCAGCAGAGGAAAUCAAUGUUUGAAAAUGUGGAGUAUGAAUGGAAUCUCUCUGAUGACAACUGUACUGACAUGUCAGAUGACGAAGAAAUCAUUAAGCCCAAUGGCAUGGCUACACCAGAGAAGGUGGUGAGGAGCCGGCUGGUCAGUCUGUCAGGGUCCGGAUCACCCAUCUGUCAGCAUGGCAGCGACCACCACACCAGCUCAGAGGACCACAGCCACAGCGAGUACCGCACUGCACGCUGCUACCGGGCCCAGCCUCCCCCUCCCCCUGUCUCUUCCAAUCCUACAUUGCCACGCUCUAUGACAGAGAAGAGACCAGCACCUAAACCCCCAGCUGGUGUAUCCCACAACUCCUCUUUCUACCUCCCACAUUACUCCAGCCAUUCCCGCACGCCUUCUGACCCCAUGUUGGGCCCCCCUACCUACCACCCAGGCCUCACUCACAACAACAAUAAUGGUGGUGGGGGAGGUAGCCUUGGAGGGAUAGGCCACAAGAGGAGUCCAUCAACUGAUUCUAGUAAUAGUGUGUUCUUCCCUCAACCUUCCUCUUCUUCCAACAACACCACUACUUCUUCUGGGACAACACGCUUCUCUCUCUCACAUAACUUGCCCUCUGAAGCUACGUCAGGCAGUGCAAGUGAUGGUCGGCCACUGGACACGGACACUUCCCCGUCAUCCUCACCUCAAGAGUCCCCCAACACCUUCAUUAAUGGACGCUCUACUGAGUCUCUCUCUUCUCUUGUAUCAGACGACCCCCAGCCGCCUCCCAGAAGGAGAAUGGGUUCCCUUCGCCAUCGUAGGUGCAAAGCGUUGUACGACUGUGAUGCCGACUUAGACGACGAGUUAAGCUUUAAAGAAGGUGAAAUUAUCAUUGUACUUCAAGCAGAGACAGAAGACGGUGACUGGAUGGAGGGAGAGAUUGAAGGUGACCCCAAACGUAGAGGGAAAGUCCCCAUCAACUUUGUGCACAUGUUUACAGAUUAGCGGGAAGCUCAACACUUAGUAUGAACUGCAUGUAUUUGGCUUACCUAUAAAUCAGUAUUCAACAAUAUGAGUAUGAGUAUAGUCUUACUGUGAAUUUGUUUUAAUGUUGCUAUCGAGAGGAAAGUGCAUAUUUCUGAUUAACCAUACACUGGUAUACAAUUGGUUAACUAUAACGACAACUGUGUCAUCAAUUAGUUGUGUUUAUAUUUAGUUAAAUGCAUAGUUGUUGUUUUUUUAACUUCUUAUCCAUUUCUUAAUGUGAAAACACAUCAUUAUAAAACCACAAAUUGAUUUAAAGGAGUAAAAGAAAAUACUACAUGUAUGAUAUGUUACGUACAGCAGGUAUAUUGUCUGAAAUCAGUUGUACAUCGUUUUCCUAUCAUUAGGAUUGUGACGAACUUCAGGUAGUGUGAAGUGAAAUCAAGACAAAGAGGAAAAAACUACUCUGGAAUAGGAAGCUCAAAUUUGAAGUCAUGCUCAUUGAUGGUAAUUCUGCUCACAACAACACCAAAUAAUUAUUUUCUUAACAUGCAUCAGAUUUAGCUCCUGCUUCCCUGUUAGGCAGCAGAACACAGGCCAGUGAAGGACUGAAGGGAUCUCCACUAGUCUUAUGUCACUCAUGAAAAUGUAUUUCAUGUUUGUCUGAAUACAUCUGUGUCCUCUCCAUAUCAUCUCAGAAAUUAAUGUACUACAUCAAAAUAUGAACCAUGUAUCAAACUGUGAACUUAAUGAUCGGAGAAGAAAGAUAUUCUAAAGUUGAACAUUGAAGGAAUUGAGUUUUAGUAUGGUUAAAUCAUUAUUGAUAUCAAUAUUUAUCUAUCCUGAUCUAACUUUCUCCUGCUUAGGACUUCAUUAUUUCAGUUGUUUAAUGAAAUGUUCAGAGUUCAUGACCAUGACUACAUAACCUUGGGAGACAGUGUGGGUUACCUUGAGCUACACUCUGAGGUUUAUUGAUUCUCUGACUCUAGGAUUCUUGCUUGAGUUUCUGUGAGUUGUGCUGAAUAAUGUCUAGUGACCUGCAAGCAUCAAGGAUACUUCACCAGGCAGCACAGUCUAGUGGCUCUCUGUAGGGUGGAAGUUUAUCAGCAUGCAUACCUGUAGUAAGUGCCAACUGUAUUUGCCUGGUAACUAAGAUGUAUGCAGCAUUCUGCCAACUAUUUUUUUUCUAUAUAUCAUCACUAUCACUGUUUUUCUCUUUGAAUUGUCUCAUCAUCAUUAUAAUAAUAGGGGGACAUCCAGUGAAGUGGGAGGACAGAAUGCUGGGAUGUGUGAUGUGUAGGAGAGAAUUUGAUCAUGCCAAGAGGCAAUGCUGAAACUUUCCUCUUGUGGAAGCUCUCAGGAAUAAAUAUUUGAUGUGGGUA